UCUUUUUAACAUGUGCGCAUCACAGAGUUCUUCGAAACUGCUGUUGUCAAAAGUUGGUUCAGUGCAUGAUUACAACGUGUACGCAUUGCAGGGUUGCCAGAGGCAUCGACAACCUGCGUGGCCCUGGCGGCUUCGGCUGAUGGGCAGCGCUUGCAGCGUCCGCCGAAGCGGUAAGAGGGUCUCUACGACGGCUGACAGCACGGACCCGGCAGGCGUGCGCUGGCCUUACCUGACCGAGCGGCUGGAGCAGCACCAGGGCGGUAUCAAUUGCCUGUCGCUGAGCGAGGACCACUCCUUGCUCGUGUCCGGAAGCGAAGACGGCCGUGUGCUCAUGUGGAGCAGCCAGUCGACGCCCGUCGAACUCCUCGGCACGCUGAGCGGCCAUGCGGGCUACGUCACGCACUGCACGGUCCACGGAAAUUUUGUGCUCACCGGCUCAGCCGACGGCACGCUGCGCAAGUGGUCCAUCGUGGACGCAAAAUGCGUGCACGUCUUCGUUGGCCACGGCGCCCGAGUCAACCGGGUGCUGUGCACGGGCGACCUCGUACUCAGCACGUCACAUGACAAGACAGCGCGCGCCUGGCGCUUUAACGCUGACCUGGAUGAACAGGAAAUGGAAGAACAACGGCUGCUGCGUCAAGUUGCAAGUAGUGGCCGCAGCAGUAGGCGCAGCAGCGCCACCAAGAAGCGGUCAGACAGCCAGGCAAGCACCGUGCAGAAAGACCCCGCAGGGGACGACACUUCGACGUCCUCAGGAUUCUCGGAGGGGGCCGACUCCAGAUCGCGAACUCACAAAGUCGAUGACCGCAUCACCGUCUUUCGAGGUCACACGAAGAGCGUCUUCCCAGUGAUCUUCGUGCCGUCUGAUGGGCUCUCGGAGUCUGACACCGAGGAUAUCGUUGUCACGGGCUCCCACGACUGCACGGCUCGAACCUGGGGCCUUUUCUCCGGCGAUUGCUUAAAGAUUCUACGUGGCCACACAGCGCCCAUCAACGCCAUGGAGGUGGACGCUGAAGGAGUCUACGUGUUCACGGGAGGCGGCGACGGUGUAAUCAGGAGCUGGCACGUUCGCAGCGGCGAAUGCCAGCACGUGCUCACAGGACACCAGGGACCCAUUGUUUGCCUGCUCGCGCACAGCAAGAUGCUCUACUCGGGCAGUUCGGACAACACCGCCCGAGCAUGGGUCAUGGAGUUCGGCGAAUGCACCCGCGUCUACCGGGGCCACCAGCACACGGUCGACUGUCUCUGCUACCACGACCGGAUGCUGUACACGGGCUCCGGAGACAAGGUUGCCCGCAUGUUCGAAGCCAAAUCGGGCACGCUGAAGCGGUCUUUUCGAGGCCAUGAGCAUGGCGUUGUCUGUAUUCAGGUGGUGAAGGGCAAGCUGUUCACCGGCUCGUUCGACGGCAGCCUUUUUGUGUGGGACACGACGGGAGUGGUGGACGAGACGGUGUUCGGCGACGAGGUUCUCCCGGAAGAGGACGAAAGUGAACUGCCCGACGACAGCGAUGAGGUGAAGAUGGCCGUCAGCUUUCUUGAGCCUUUCAUCCACGAAGGCUGACUUCGUCGACCUAUGCAUCAAUAUCGAUGUCGGCAUUUAGGUCCAGCCAGACACCACUUCCUCUUGUACAGAAAUUUUGGAGGGUUAUUCAAAAUAUAUGAAAACUGGAAAUCACGUGCACGAAUGGCCAAAAAAAAGUUGGCUGCCGGCUCCGCAAGCAGUCAUAGAUGAACCAAACGCUUGCGACAUCUGAACAAGUGCGAAACGCUUGCAUGUCUUUCUUUUUUUCUUUUUUACCGCUUUUUUACCUCUUGCUAUUCAAUAAAUACAUAU